CUGGUUACAGAGAUAAUACACCAUCACAGGUCAGACAAAAAAGACGUCUGGAAAUGGAUGCAUUAUGGUUCAACAUAACAAUUCCAUAUGGAGGCAAAUACAGCAAGGACUACAUAGUGAAUACAUUAAUGGCCAAGAUUGCACCAACAGUAUUCAUUCCAUUAAGUUACAAAGUUCGAGGAACAGAUUCUUCAUUUUUUGUUGACGAUUUCAAAGUUGCAGAAACGUUGGCCAGUUUUAACACGAAAAUUACAACUAUGACUGGAUAUAUGCUGUUGGUAUUAGUGAGGCCUGGAUUACCAUAUGUGGUGAUUGAUUCUGCAGCAAAGGACAAAAUAAGGACAGUGGUGGCUAAGCGUUACGAUGUUAACCUAAAAGCCCUAGACCUGACGCACUUCCACACAGAUCCAGAUCUAAUUGACAAUUACGCUUUACCAUUGUUCAUACCCGCAGUGAUGUUGGUAGUACUGGAUAUCAUUGUGGAGUGUGUUCAUGACCUGGAAGCACUUUAUUUGUCAGACAACAAACUGCACUCGCUUCAUGACCUCAGUGUUCUUUCUAUCAAAUUACCUAAGCUCAAAGUCCUUCGCAUUGGAAGAAACAGGAUACAGGAUUUGCAACAACUGGACUGUUUAGAGAGCCUGCCCCUAGAAGACCUAAUGCUGAAUGGAAAUCCUCUCCGAGACAAAUAUCAAGACCACAACGCAUAUAUACGUGACGUGAAGAAGAGGUUUCCAAAACUGUUGAAGCUUGACGGAGUUGAACUGUCACCACCGAUCAAGCCUGAUGUUAGUGAACCCCUACAGAUGCCAACGAUUAAUGAGAACUACUCAUGUCCAAAUUCUUUCUUUCCGCCUCAAGGUCGCAUCUACGCAGAUUGCGCAACAAUCAGCUUCUUACAAUCGUUUCUUCAUUGUUGCGCAAUGCUAUUGCUUGGUGAUUGUUGUUUAUCGUAUAAAGAAACAGUCUGAUUGCGUGUGUUGGAGGAUCUGGUGUUUGACAGUGACGCUCCUAAAAUAUUUUCUGCAUUUUGAAGAAAUAAAGUUUGAAAACUUUAUUAUUAUAAUACAGAACUGCAAUAACCUUAAAAGAAUGUGGAAUUCGAAACGACCAGCACGAUCGGUACGCACAUCCGUUUCUACACAAGAUUUGCCUGUGAAUCUUAAGGUCAUGCGAAGAGGACGUUUUAAUUCAGAGCGUAACCACAAUGAAAGGCGUACAAAUUCAGUUUUGAAAGUGGCUCCCUGUUCCAUUAUCUGUCAAGACGAUGUUGAGAUGAGCACACCAGAAAGUGAAAAACGUUCUCGACGAUUCAACCCAUAUGUUGGGAGAUGCCGUAAUCAGACAGCAAGUUCCGGUUACAGAGGAAGCAGAAUUGGAAGGAUGGUUUCUGGUUACAGAGGUACAUCAUAACAGAAUAUAAUUUAUUUACAUUCCAUAGAUCCUUCAUAGGUCUGGGCCAAGGAUGUAGAAAAUGUCAUAGCACAAACAGAAUACUUGUUUCUAAUACAAAUAUAAAUUACAUAGUUAUGACAGUAAUUUGGAGUCAAUUACAACAUUACCAUCAAAAUAAUUACACUAGAAAAAUAACCACGUUUGCUUACAUGUGUUUGUAACAGCUGAGAAUUGUUGGUUGAAAUAAAUUUUUCUAUGGAGUAGGCUUGAGAUAGGAGAUGCUUCAACUUCUUGUACCAUGAUUCAGACUUUCUAUAGGGGAAAAUUUCUGAAUAGAAAGUAUGUAAACAGUUUUGUUUGUAUACAUACUUUAUAUUUAAAUACACUACACAUUAUGCAAGGUUUUAAGAUUUCUGAAUAGAUUAGUUACAAUACAGUAAACACCUUUUUGGUAUUUGCUAAGGUUAGUGUUUGCACGUGAAGAUUGUAUCUGUAUCAUCUAAAAAUAGCAUCUCCUGUCUCACUCCUCCUACUGCAAAGAACAAUUUAAGUAGAAGCAUGCUGGCAAAGAUUAGGGAUAAUGUAAUGAAUAUGUUUUUCCAACUUUAAGUUACUGUCAAUUUGUAGGUUAAGAAAUUUGGUUGUUUAUACUUCUUCGAUUGUCUUAUCCUCACACCCGCUACAUGGAUUGUGGAUAGAACAAGACUUAGCUCAACUUCUUCUCCUUCCAUAAUAAAUGGUCUUCAGACCACGAUGUCCAGCACAUUAAGAUUAAUAAUAUUGUUGCAGAUACUAACUUGAUACCUUUGUAGCAGAAGAAAAUAAAAGUCAAUAAUGAAACAA